AUGGGAAAGAAGGGAGGCUUUUCAAGAGGACUUCUUUUAAAAGACUACAAGAGAAUCCAAGAAAACCCCAACGAGUAUUACAGUGUCGGCCUUGUCGAUGGAGACAUAUACACGUGGGAAAUUCUAAUCUUCGGGCCUAGGAUGACGCCAUACGAAAAUGGGAUCUUCAAAGGACGGAUGCUCUUCCCCCUCGACUAUCCGGAUUCACCGCCGAGUUUUCGUUUCUGUUCGAAGAUGUGGCAUCCAAAUAUAGAUGAAAACGGAAAUGUUUGCAUAUCUAUAUUGCACAAUCCCGGGGAGGAUGAGUAUGGAUACGAAUCUCUGGGAGAUAGAUGGCUUCCGGUAAGAACACCUGAAAGCGUGAUACUCAGCAUAAUAACGCUUCUUACAUCUCCUAACUGCGAAAGCCCAGCAAACGUGGAUGCAGCACAGCAUCUGAGGGAAAACGAAAAGGAGUACAAGAAGAAGGUAAUGGAGCUGGCAGCUAUAACCCUGGAUCUUUAUGAUAAAGAAAGUUCAAACUGA